AAGACACGAAGAAGACGCAGAAGCGGAAGAGACGUGGCACAUAAACAGAGAGAGGAAGCUAGCUGCAGUUAAGUUUACUGAUGACAGCUUCUGGAGCCGCCUUCCACGUCAUUUUGACAAGGAAGCUUAAAUGACAGUCGAACAACAUUACCUGAAACGAACGGGGCUUGAUUAAAGACUGUGUGACAGACAGUGCAGGUGGCUAUGGGUCUCUGCAAGUGUCCGAAGAGAAAGGUGACCAAUUUAUUCUGCUUCGAACAUCGUGUAAAUGUGUGCGAGCAUUGCCUAGUCUCCAACCACAACAAGUGUAUCGUGCAGUCAUAUUUGCAAUGGCUCCAGGACAGUGACUACAACCCCAACUGUACUCUGUGUAGUACUCCACUGAAUGCUCAAGACACUGUGAGGCUGGUCUGCUAUGAUGUCUUUCACUGGUCCUGUCUUAAUAAUUUGGCCUCUCGGCUGCCCCUCCACACGGCUCCAGCGGGAUACCAGUGUCCCACCUGUCAGAGUCCACUGUUUCCCCCUUCCAACCUUGCGAGCCCGAUUGCUGAUGUGCUGAAAGAACAGCUGUCAUCUGUUAACUGGGCUCGAGCUGGUUUAGGGCUGCCGCUGAUUGAGGAGCCCAUUGGGGUCCUUGAGGAGACCACAGCUAAUGAUGUCACUGAUUAUACUGACUGGUCCACAUUUGACGCACAAGAACCAAGUAACAUUUACCCCAGCCACUCUUACAACACCAGCCUCAACCCACCACCAGAUUCUGUCCCACCUCCAGCACAGGAAGACCUUGUAGGUCCUCGUAAAAAUGGGGAUCCAACUAAACAGGAGCACUCUGUGGUCAACUACACGACUGCCACUACAUGUGACACAAUUACACUACACACAGCAUCAUCACCAAGAAAGAUCUACGACACACGGGACGUUGGUCACAGCUCUGUCACACAGAUUGACUUUGACGAUGACAAGUACCGGCGACGACCAACGUUAAGUUGGUUUGCUCAAAUUCUCAAAAAUCGAACAGGAGGAAAGCGGACAUCUCUGUCCUGGAAACAGCGGGUCUUCAUGCUCCUUGUUGUCGGAGUUCUGGGAUUCUUUACGUUGAUAAUCAUCAUGGCUAAACUUGGACGCGCCUCCGCUGGAUCCGACCCAAACUUAGAUCCUCUUCUUAACCCCAACAUCCGUGUGGGAAAAAACUGAUAACAAGCAUUGAUUCCUUCUUUUCCUUCUGUGUAACACAAUAUACAGUAAGCCUGUGUAGAACGAGUUGAAAUGGGACUCUCCAAUACAUGGGUAGCCCACCAGAGGGAGCCGUUUACCUAACUUGAAUGGAAAGAGAAAGAGACGCUGCACUUUUUUUUUAGAAUGGAGGUAAUCUUUGGCUCCAUUCAUUUACAUCAGGCAGUAGGAACAUGCCAGGUCCUUCACUGACAGAAAAAAAUCCAACAACAUUCAGAAGUUUCCUGUGAUCCAAGCAAAGCAACCCGCAAACUCCAAAGGGGACCAAGGCCUGGUGCAUAGAUGAAGGAUCCGGUUAUUGUUGCUUUGUAAAUCUAAUGAUGAAGAGGGGUAUCAUUAAUAUUUACAAUUCCAGUUAACAUUUGUCAGUGAUCUUUGUAAGUUGAUUUUUUUUUUUUAAAGCUCAGUAGUAACUAAAUAAACACUGUUAGUGUUGAAAAAAACAUCUCUAGCUGGCAGAAAAGUCACAAUAUAUAUGAAACGUUUAAUAACGUCUACACGGUUAUAAACUGGCUCCACUUGCUGAUUUGAUUUGAGUGUCUUUGUUUCUCCUUUAGAGAAGAUGUGGCCCUCACUACUGGAAUCAAAUACCCCACACAUAAUUAAUACAUAACUAUUUAUGGGUGUUUGCAUUACUUCUGAAUUGAGUGCAUUGCUUUUAGAUUUGCCAUACACACUGUAUGAACAUUUCCUCUUGUUUUUGACUGUCUAUUAAAUGGGAAUACUGCAGAA